GAGAAACUUUCUCAUUUCUCAUUUUGUCUGUUCAUUUUCUGGAUACAUCUUAAAGUCAGAGACUUUAUGUUAUCAGCUGUAUGCAAAAUGAUCCUCAAAUGAUGAUGAAUCUGUUUAAUUAUCAGCCUUACUUCAAAAUCACCAUGCACAUGCUGUACAUCUGUUAUACACACACACACACACAUACCACAUCAACAAAUUCUGACAUGUCAGUGUUUGUGGCAGGAAACCUAAUUGAGAUGCUGCUGAAAAUGGAUUGUAAUUCAUAUCUUCUGAACAUGGUGAUGCAGUGGUUAGCACUGCUGUUGCCUCACAGCAACAAGGUUCUUAGUUCGAAUCCCAGUUUCCCAGCCUUUCUGUAUGAUGUAUCCAUGUUCGCCCCGUGUCUGUGUGGGUUCCACCUGGGUUCUCCAGCUUCCUCCCACACUACAUAUUAAUUAACCCAACAUGUUAUGUUAAUUGGUGACUCUAAAUUGCCUGUAGGUGUUUCAUCCAUUCAUUUUCACAGAAUUUUUUUCAUAGAAAAUUAAUGGAGGCAACAUGCACCAAUUUUUCAGUGAAAGUCUUGUGAUGGAUAUGCAGGAGGUGCUAUUCAAGCCAGCUCUUACUGAACUCAACACAUAUGAGCUGCUUGUUUAAGAAGUUGAAAUUGUCUGCUCUUCCUCCUCUCAGCCUUUCUGAUCAGAGAUAACAUGCCUGCGUUCAUGGACAGCACAAAAGGUUUAUUGGCUUUGAUCUGCCUGCUGUUUCUCAACCCACCCGAGAUUGAGAUGGCUAGUGGGAAAGUCUUAGAGGAGACUUAUCGGAAGUGGGUCCAGUAUAAAGAUGACUGUAUCAAAAUGAUAGAAAAUGAGCAACUCCUUCAAGUGGGCUUGUUCUGUAACAGGACUUUUGACAGAUAUGCCUGCUGGCCAGACACUCCUGCCGGCUCUGUGGUCAACAUCUCAUGCCCUUUCUAUCUGCCCUGGUAUGACAAAGUAUCCCUGGGUGUUGUGCGCCGACGGUGUGGGUUUGAUGGCCUCUGGGAGAGAGAUGACAGCGGGCAGGUGUGGAGAGACAUGACCCAGUGUGAGGAGGAAAAAGAAGUCACAUCUCAGGAGCUGUGGGUCAAACAACUGAUGGUGAGCUUCAGGAUGCUCUACACUGUGGGCUAUUCCUUGUCCCUGUUCACACUCACAACAGCUCUUAUCAUUCUUCUGAGCUUCAGGAAACUGCAUUGCACAAGGAAUUACAUUCACGCUAACCUCUUCCUGUCCCUCAUCCUGCGAGCUGUAUCUGUCAUUGUGAAGGACACCAUGUUGGAACGCCACUGGGGGCGGGAGAUUGUGAAACAGACUGACGUGAGAGAGAUGCUCAGUCACCAGGCUGCAAUUGGCUGCAGGAUAGCACAGGUGACGAUGCAGUACUGUGUCCUGGCCAAUCACUAUUGGUUCUUUGGAGAGGCAAUUUAUUUGUACUCUGUGCUUAUUGCCUCAGUAUUCAUAGACAGCAACAGAUACUUACCUUACAUAUGUCUUGGCUGGGGAACUCCACUCCUCUUUGUGGUUCCCUGGGUAGUGAUGAAGCUUUUGAAAGAAAACAAUGAGUGCUGGGCUGUUAAUGAGAACAUGAACUACUGGUGGAUCAUUCGUUUCCCAAUUCUUUUUGCUUCAUUAAUCAACUUUCUGAUUUUCAUGAAGAUCCUGAAGGUCAUCCUUUCCAAGUUACGUGCCAACAAUCAGAGUGGAUACCCUGAUUACAAACUUCGGCUUGCCAAGGCAACCCUUACUCUCAUCCCUCUGUUUGGGAUUCAUGAGAUCGUAUUCAUAUUUGCCACAGAUGAGCAGACAACAGGUGUUCUGCGUUACAUUAAGGUCUUCUUCACCCUUUUUCUCAAUUCUUUUCAGGGCUUCCUAGUGGCUGUGCUCUACUGCUAUGCCAAUAGAGAGGUGAGGACAGAGCUCAAGAAGAAGUUACGCAGCUGGAGGACAGAGGCUGAGAUUGUAUGCUGUGGACAGUGACUAGCCGUGUUAGACUCUCGAGUUGAAACUUUCUCCAUCGCCACAGUGCCGGAGCGCAACAGAUCCUCCGCCACAACAGUGAGGGCAGUGCCUGAUGGUUCACUCAAUGCUGAGAGUUCACUGAUUUUUAGGCAUUCAGUUCAGCCUCCUCCAGCCGCACAGCCUGAUGAUUCUUUGUUGCAAUGUCCUUCAGAGGUAAACAGAAGCAACAACCUGCAGAGUGGGAAUAAGGAAGAAGCUGGAUCCCCUGUGGCAAUGCAAGUAUCCUUCCUCAUACAUCUUCAAGACCCUGUGGAAUUGCUGCCACAUGUUGUAGAUAUAGAUUCAGACUGAAUACAUUCUUGCAUUCAUUGUAUAUUUUAAGAUUAUAUGUGGUUUGUUGUGAAUAUGUAAAAUUCUGAAUAAGUAAUGCUUAUUAUGUAUUAUGUAAAAUU